CUCAAUUGACCUGACCAGAGGCGGAACUUUGAGCCACGUUUGAAUUCAUUACUGUUGUGAAACCUUCUAUUAGUUCCAAUUGAAUCUUUUCAUCAACGUUAAUUCUAAAUGGAUCAGACUGUGGACCAUUCGCUCAUAGAAAGUGAACGCGAGUAUGUGGAAUUCCUAGAUGAAACGGAUGAAUACAAAGAUCGUAUUAACUCCCUCAUUACUCGUGAUGCCAUUCGCCUAAUGAUUAAUGUCAAUGAUUUGCGUCGUCAAAAUGCUGAAAGAGCUAACAAGCUUCUAACUAAUUCCUGCUCGGAAAUAGUCGCUUGUCAGAGAGCAGUUAAAAAGUGUAUACAGAAUGCAAAUCCAGAUUUUGCCAAGACAAAGCAUGAAUUCUUUGUGGGUUUUGAAGGAAGUUUUGGUCCUCGUCACGUCACACCUCGCACACUUAGUUCUAAACUUCUAGGAAAUAUGGUGUGUUUAGAAGGCAUAGUGACCAAGGCGUCAUUAAUUCGACCUAAAAUUGUAUGCAGUGUACAUUACUGUCCAGCCACAAAAAAGACCAUUGAACGUCGAUAUGCUGAUUUGUCAAGUCUCGAACCAUAUCCAUCAUCUGGCGCAUACCCAACCAAAGAUGAUGAAGGAAAUUUGUUGGAAACUGAAUAUGGACUAUCGGUUUACAGUGAUCACCAAACUGUCACGAUACAGGAAAUGCCGGAAACUGCACCAGCAGGUCAGUUACCUCGUUCUGUCGAUGCAUUAUUAGACAAUGACUUGGUUGAUGCUGUUCAACCCGGUGACCGUGUACAAAUCGUGGGUUAUUACCGAUGCUUACCAGGAAAGAAAAAUGGUUUCACUACUGCCAGUUUUCGUACUGUAGUUAUCGCAAACAAUGUACAAUCCCUCAGCAAGGAGACUGGUCCGAGCUUCUCAGAGAAAGACAUUAGUAUGAUGAGACUAAUUUCAAAGAGAAAUGAUGUGGUGAAUCUUUUGACUCGUUCCAUCGCACCAUCGAUUUAUGGUCAUGAACAUAUAAAAAAGGCGAUUCUUCUACUACUUUUGGGAGGUGUUGAACGUCAACUUGCCAAUGGUUCUCGUAUUCGUGGUGAUAUAAACCUUUUGUUAAUGGGUGAUCCAUCAGUGGCUAAAUCACAAUUUCUACGCUUUGUUCUUCAUAUUGCACAUCGUGCUAUCGCCACCACCGGUCGUGGUUCAUCAGGAGUGGGUUUAACUGCUGCAGUUACGACGGAUAUGGAAACAGGUGAACGUUCCCUUGAAGCUGGUGCCAUGGUACUGGCUGAUCGAGGCAUUGUUUGUAUUGAUGAGUUUGAUAAAAUGUCAGACAUUGAUCGGACGGCUAUUCACGAAGUUAUGGAACAGGGACGAGUAACUAUUUCUAAAGCUGGUAUCCAGGCUAAAUUAAAUGCUAGAUGUUCAGUUUUAGCAGCAGCGAAUCCUGUCUACGGUAAAUAUGAUCAAUACAAGACACCGAUGGAAAAUAUUGGUCUUCAAGAUUCUCUGUUGUCUCGUUUCGACUUACUCUUCAUUGUAUUGGAUAAAGCUGAUCCAGAAUCUGAUCGUUCCAUUGCUGAACAUGUUCUUAGAAUCCAUCGGUAUAGAAAUCCAGGGGAACAAGAAGGAGAAGCCUUACCGUUACAGUGUGCUACUCAUUUGUUGACCACAGGAGCUGAUCCACUUUCUGCCGGACCUCGAGAUGAUCAUGAUGAAGAAGAUGUUGAGCUUGACGGUACGCGUAGGCAAGAAGAAGAUCAAGUGUAUGAACAACAAGAUGAAUUCCUGUUACCUUCUCGUGGUCGAAAACAGGAUCAACUUACUAUGAAGUUCCUGCAGAAAUAUAUUCACGUAGCACGACAACUAAAGCCUCAGUUAACCAAAGAAGCAGCAUCUAUUCUGGCUGAAAAAUACUGUGACCUACGAGCUCAAGAAUCGUCUGAAGGUAUUGGUCGACCUGGACGUGGUGAUCAAAAUCGUAUGCGUCGUACUCAACCGAUAACAGCACGUAGUUUAGAAACAUUGAUUCGUUUAUCCACUGCUCAUGCUAAAGCUCGUAUGUCUAAAACGGUAACUAAAAAGGAUGCAGAAGCCGCUGUCCAAUUGAUAUCAUUUGUUCUGUUUAAAGAAGUACUUGAGAAAGUUCGACGUAAACGUGAUCGUAAUGUAGAUGAUGACAAAGACUCGGACGAUGAAAAUGUUGACGAAGAGGAUUCUGAACGCACAGUCCCACAACAACCUCCGAAACGAAGGUAUUUUAUCAGCAAUUCGAUGCAUUGCAAUUAAUAGUGUUCUCUGAGCUCAGAGAACACUAUCAAUUGCAAAUCAUCCACCUGAGCUAAAAAUCUUCUCUAUUAAUUCCAUGCAUCUCUCGAUUGUCUUCACACCUAGUAUUUAUUCUUAAUUUCAUCUCUAUUACUCACUAAUUUAUCGUGUUGCUCAUCAGGCCUCUGUAUCAACAAAUGGAAGUCUUCUUCCAAGGCCCCUCUACUUUUGUUUAGUGCUUGGUUUGAGGAUUUAUUUUGAAAAUGUAUGCACUCCAAUGUUUCCUAACAUCGACGUAGACUACGACCGAAAUAUUACGCUGAUAAGGGCUACCUAACUGUUUGUCUGAUGAGAGUUGUCUUUCGCGAGUCGAAAAUGAUGGUCAGAGCGCAAAAUUUGAUAAAUCGUAUUACCGUUUCUUUUCAUUCUUUCUUCCACAGUUGUUACUUCAUUUCCGAGUUUUUACGCAUAAUUCUUACUUUUGUUUUGUGACGUCACGCGUAAUGAAAGACUCACAUACUUCGCUGAUACUAAGUAGCCAUUAUAGUCCUACAACAAAUCAAUCGUGAGCUCUAGUAGCUCAGUGAUAACAUCUUCGACUGUAGCACUGGGUGACCCGAGUUCAAGUUUCACAAGGGACGUGAGUUCCUUCAAGAUUGCAGAUACCCCUGCUGACAAUUGCCAGAAAGCACGAAACUGAAAUCCGAAGCUUCCUGCCGAUUGCCUCCAAUUCAAAGUGCACCGUAAUGGCGAACCACCUAGCAUAGUGACCAUAUUGUAAACUUGACUGAUAGAAUUCAGUCUGUACCAAACGAAGGACUAGACGCAUGACAUUAGUUACUACCUAGUAUCCACUCGAAGUACUGUUACCAUAUUUCUGUCUCCUUCAGUGUAUGUGGGUUUUUUUUACAACCGAAUGCUGUCUGCAUUUCCCUAUCUUCCCGGAAAGCUCAAAAGCAUUAUACUAACAUAAUUAAGUAGAAUAUGAAAUAAUGCAUAAAUCACCAUUAAGAUAUUCGAUGUUUGUAGUAAGCUUUUAAAUUAACUGUGAAAUAAUUGAAAAUACUGCACAUGUUUGAGCUACUUAAUAAUAAUAAAGCCUUAUUUCAGACAGUAUGUUAACAUUUAUUACAGAAAUUUUCAGCGUAUUUAGUCCCAAAAUAUUUCCUAAUCAUACAGGAUUUACAUCUAAAAUAAUCUGAAAUAUAUCACGUGACGUAGUUAUGUUGCAUAUGGAGAGAGAACCAGUUCUGUGCAUUUUUUCUUUAUUUCCUUCAAGAAUCGCACAGAGUUUGGUGGCAAAGCUAAUUAAAUAUGCUCGCGAGUUCAUGUAAUAGUCAAUCAUUAUAAUUGCACGAUUAAAACAAUAAGAAGUGUAGAAGAGUUUAAGCACUUUGAUGGAUGGAAAUUCUGGUAGUUCAUUGACUUAAGCAGGCCUCCUCGAGAUUAUGGUAGCAUUUUUUAUCGUCAUUCCAUUAAAGUUCAGUGGUGAUUAUUCAUAUGAAGAAAUAUUGUUUUCAGUGAAACAUUGGUUUCUUUCAUUGUUGACCUUACAUUUAUCCGGAAUUAGUAUCUACCGCAACUAGUACUUUUAUUUAGUCUACUUUCAGUGUCAACUUUAUAUUUGUGCACUCCUUCUUUUGUAUGGUACUUUCAUUAACUCGUCUUUCAUGGGUUGUAUUCACACU